ACCAUUGCGAAUAUAAUCCCUAUUAUGAUUCUUGGGCGCAAGCAGAGCCUCAAGGGGGAGCCCAUCCUGGCAGAUUACGGCCCGGAGGAGUCCCUCAAUGAGAGCGCAGACAUUGAAUGGGUGAAUAAGCCUUGGGUCAUCACCACACUAAUGCCCUGCUGUGCCCUCGUAUCGCUAGCAUCAGUCUGUCUAAACACACCAAAGACAUUUGAAGAGAUACCAGAGCUGCAGUACGUGACAUUCACGUUGGACCUCAUCAUCACAUUCCUAUUCACUGCCGAAAUGAUUGCCAAAUUGCAUAUCCGAGGAAUUUUAAAGAGAGAGAGAGCGUAUUUGAAAGACUACUGGUGCCAAUUCGACGCGACAAUGGUCCUCUUCCUCUGGUUCUCCGUAAUUCUACAAAUGUUCGAGAUGCUUGAGUUUGUCCCAAAGUUCAGUGCAGCGUCCGUAAUCCGAGCACCAAGGCCACUCAUUGUGUUUCGUUUUAUAAGGAUUUUCCUCAAGUUUACCAUGGCAAAGGAUAAGAUUAAUCAAAUUUUCAAACGUUCGAGUCAACAAAUCUACAACGUAACCCUCUUCUUCGGCUUCUUCAUGUCCCUCUACAGUCUCCUGGGCGUUCAAUUUUUCGGUGAACUAACGAAUCACUGCGUCUUGAACAAUACAGAUCAGAAACAAAUCACUAUAAAUAGUUUAGCAAUACCCGAUACGUAUUGUUCGACUGAUCCCGAGUCCGGGUAUCAAUGCCCCGAGGGGAUGACCUGCAUGAAGCUGGAGUUAUCCAAGUACAUCAUGGGAUUCAACGGGUUCGAUCAAUUCUUCAUCAGUAUCUUCACGGUUUAUCAAGCCGCGUCUCAAGAGGGCUGGGUUUUCAUUAUGUAUAGAGCAAUCGAUAGUCUUCCCGCUUGGCGAGCAAUUCUAUACUUCAGCACAAUGAUAUUCUUCCUCGCUUGGCUCGUUAAGAAUGUUUUCAUCGCUGUUAUUACCGAGACAUUCAACGAAAUACGAGUGCAACUUCAGGCAGAGGGGCAGAGGACACAUACGAGUACCUCAGAGUCUCAGCUUCUCUGUGAUGAAGACAACGGUUGGAAACUAGUGACACUAGAUGACACCAAGCACGGAGGACUAGCGGCUUCGCCCCUCUGCCAAGCUAUCCUCCGCUCUCCCCAAUUCCGAAUGAUCGUGAUGUGCGCCAUUCUCGCGAAUGGACUUACAACUGCCACUAUGACUUUCAAACACGACGAGAGACCACGAAACACGUAUUACAAUAACUAUUACUACGCAGAAAUUGCCUUCACUAUUUUCCUGGACCUCGAGACUCUGUUCAAGAUCUGGUGUCUAGGUUUCAAAAGUUACUACAAACAUUCUAUUCACAAAUUCGAGCUUCUACUGGCCAUCGGGACGACUAUCCAUAUUCUACCAUUUUGCUACAUGACUGCAUUCACAUAUUUUCAGGUGUUGAGGGUCGUAAGACUCAUAAAGGCGUCACCAAUGUUGGAGGGCUUUGUUUACAAAAUUUUUGGCCCUGGAAAAAAACUUGGGAGUCUUAUUAUUUUUACCAUGUGCUUGCUGGUCGUUACUUCGAGCAUAUCCAUGCAACUAUUCUGUUUUCUAUGUGGUUUCACAAAGUUCGAGACAUUUCCAGAGGCAUUCAUGUCUAUGUUUCAAAUCCUGACUCAAGAAGCUUGGGUCGAAGUUAUGGACGAAACGAUGGUCCGAACCCAUCACUUCAUCGCACCUGUUGUCGCCAUAUAUUUCAUCGGCUAUCAUCUCUUCGUCACACUGAUCGUGUUAAGUCUUUUCGUCGCUGUGAUUCUCGACAACUUGGAGCUCGACGAGGAGCUCAAAAAAACCAAGCAAAAAAGUUUAUGCGCCCAAAGUGCAGAAAUCAAAGAAACACUUCCCUUUAGAUUACGAAUAUUCGAAAAAUUUCCAGCCAGUCCACAGAUGACUUGCCUCCACAAAGUUCCCUCAGACUUCAAUCUCCCAAAAGUUCGUGAGAGUUUUAUGCGACAAUUUGUUCUUGAUAUUGAAGACGAGAAAAAUGAGGCUGCCAAGAGGAUGAAUGAGACAUUCGACUCAAAGAUGGUUUAUAGAAAACAGAGGCCAGUAAAGAUUCUGAAUAAUCCGCCGAAAGUUAGAAAUGUUGUAGUUAGUUUGAAGAAAGCCGCUGUUAUCUACAUAAUUAAUGACUCGAACAACCAGAGACUACUUCUGGGGGAUUCAGCAAUGAUUCCAGUACCAGGAAAAGGUCUUCUCAAACCUCAAGGUACACUCAGCAGUGCAAAACAACUCCGCAUAGACCAGAAAAAAUCAAUUCGUAGAAGUGUUAGAAGUGGUUCAAUUAAACUAAAACAAACGUAUGAGCAUUUAGUAGAGAAUGGAGACAUCGGAGCGAUAAAUAGGGUAACUUCAUCGAGAAGCACUCCCAAUCCUGAUUGGGAUAUGAAAGUACUGCAGGCCAAGAGACAACAGGCGGAGAUGAGGAGAAAUCAGCGGGAGGAUGAUUUGAGGGAAAAUCAUCCGUUCUUUGAUACUCCACUGUUUGCUGUACCAAGGGAGAGCAAAUUUCGGAAAAUUUGUCAACUGCUCGUUUACGCUAGGUACGACGCGAGACUCAAGGAUCCGCUAACGGGGAAGGAACGAAAAGUUCAAUAUAAAAGUUUUCAUAAUUUUCUUGGACUCGUUACGUAUCUAGACUGGGUCAUGAUAUUGGUCACAACGUUAUCCUGCGUUUCCAUGAUGUUCGAAACGCCGAAGUAUCGAGUUAUGGAGAUCCCAGGGCUUCAAAUAGCUGAAUAUGGUUUUGUUAUAUUCAUGAGUAUUGAAUUGGCUCUGAAAAUACUGGCUGAUGGUCUAUUCUUCACACCCAAAGCUUACAUCAAGGAUGUCGCCUCUGUUCUUGAUGUUUUUAUUUACAUUGUGAGUUUGGUUUUUCUCUGUUGGAUGCCGAAAAACGUCCCCCCGAAUUCGAGUGCUCAGGUGCUGAUGAUUCUACGCUGCGUGAGACCCCUCCGAAUAUUCACUCUAGUGCCUCACAUGAGAAAAGUCGUCUAUGAAUUGUGCAGAGGAUUCAAAGAAAUUCUCUUGGUAUCAAUUCUCCUCAUUUUGCUGAUGUUCGUCUUCGCAAGUUACGGAGUACAGCUCUACGGUGGCAGAUUGGCCCGUUGCAACGAUCCAACCAUAACAUCACGUGAGGAUUGCGUCGGUGUCUUCAUGAGACGAGUAUUCGUAACGAAAAUGAAGUUAAAACCCGGUGUGAAUGAGAGCUAUCCGUCCAUCCUAGUGCCGCGAGUCUGGGCCAACCCGAAACGCUUCAAUUUUGACAACAUUGGUGAUGCAAUGCUGACAUUAUUCGAGGUUUUGUCGUUCAAGGGUUGGCUGGACGUCAGAGAUGUGCUCAGUAAAUCUCUGGGACCUGCUCAUGCUAUUUAUAUUCAUAUCUACAUUUUUCUUGGGUGUAUGAUUGGACUGACACUCUUCGUGGGUGUUGUCAUUGCCAAUUACUCGGAGAACAAGGGCACUGCUCUGCUCACUGUUGAUCAGAGACGCUGGUGCGACUUGAAGAAGAGAUUGAAAAUUGCUCAGCCACUUCAUCUGCCGCCCAGACCCGAUGGGAAGAAGUUUCGCGCUUUUAUUUAUGAUAUUACGCAGAAUAUAUCGUUCAAAAGAUUCAUUGCGUUGAUGGUGGUCUGCAAUAGUGCGUUGUUGGUGGUUUCGUGGGUCAGUGGAGCCGCGUAUGCCGAACACCUAGCCACAAUCUCGAUGAUAAUGGUCCUAGGCUUCGUCGUCGAGGUGAUAAUGAAGAACAUUGCAUUCACACCACGCGGAUACUGGCAGUCCCGCCGGAAUCGUUACGAUCUCCUCGUAACAAUUGUCGGAGUGAUCUGGAUAAUAAUGCACUGCAUGAUGAAGAAUGAAUUAUCCUACUCGAUCGGUUACAUGUCAGUCAUCCUCCGGUUCUUCACGAUAACCGGCAAACACACGACAUUGAAGAUGCUGAUGCUGACGGUGGGAGUGUCCGUCUGCAAGAGCUUCUUCAUCAUCUUCGGAAUGUUUCUCCUCGUAUUCUUUUACGCUCUCGCUGGAACUAUUAUUUUCGGAACUGUCAAGUAUGGCGAGGGAAUCGGAAGGAGGGCGAAUUUUGAGUCGCCGGUAACAGGCGUUGCGAUGCUGUUCAGAAUCGUUACCGGCGAGGAUUGGAAUAAAAUCAUGCACGACUGUAUGAUAGAGCCACCUUACUGCACCCCAGCUGCCAAUUACUGGGAGACUGACUGUGGAAAUUUUCACGCCUCGCUGUUCUACUUCUGCACUUUUUACGUUAUUAUUACGUAUAUUGUGCUGAAUCUACUUGUGGCUAUUAUCAUGGAGAACUUUUCCCUCUUCUAUUCCAACGAAGAGGACGCGCUACUAUCUUACGCUGAUAUCAGAAACUUCCAGAACACGUGGAACGUCGUGGACAUCCAUCAACGCGGCGUGAUCCCAGUCAGAAGGGUGAAAUUUAUACUGCGACUGCUGAAGGGUAGACUGGAAACAGAUCCUCAGAGAGACCGGCUGUUAUUCAAAUACAUGUGUUAUGAACUCGAGAAGUUGCACAAUGGGGAAGAUGUCACGUUCCACGACGUCAUCAAUAUGCUAUCAUACCGCACAGUAGACGUUCGAAAAGCAUUACAACUCGAAGAGAUGUUGGCCCGAGAGGAGUUCGAGUACCUCAUCGAGGAGGAGGUGGCAAAGCAGACGAUUCGAACGUGGUUAGAGGGAUGUCUGAAGAAAAUCCGAGCCACAGGGAAACAACAGAAUAGUCUCAUUGUGGGUCUCAGAGCAACAAACGACCUGGCAGUGACUCCUCAGGAUCAUCCGGAGGAGAAGAGCCAAGAGAGUAGUGUAGACCGCGAGGAAGAACCAGAAGCUAAGGAGACUGAUGGCUUGAGGAAUCGAGGAGGAAAGAAGCCCGUUGUAUUACCUAGGUCAGAUAGCAUUGGUAGCAGUUCAGGGAGAAAGUAUCUAGCACCAACAUUAUCAGAUCCUGCCUCCGUCCGCAGUGAGAAGGAGAAACUCGCUGCCCCUAAAAAACGUAGUAGCCGGCCAGCACCUCUGGUCAAAAAUAAUUUGCCUUAUUUAACGGAAGGAGCAGAGCAAAGCCGUCAGCCGCGCGAGUCAUCGAACAUAAAAGCAGCAGCUCCAAAAGUAUCAAGUAUUACCCUAGAGGUACGCGAAUGGUGGCGCGAGCAAUUGGCGUACAGCAGUGAAUCAAGCGAAGAUGAGUUCUGAAAAAUCUCGAUGAUGUUCUGCGUGAGUUUAAAAAAGUCAUAAAAUUCCACUAAUAGUCGUUCCUCGCAAUGGGACAACUAAUUACGAGAGGAAAUAAUGAAUUCAAGGCCCAGUCCGCUGUGAAAGGCGGACCCUCUGACGGCCGUGAUAACGAUAAAGUCAGUGAUUCGACUCGGCUCUUCUUAUCUACUACUCUAUCGACGCUGUAGA